CUCAAAUUGUCCCGGCUUGUGCUCCAAAUUUCCUUUCAUCCACUUCUCAAACAGCGUUGAACGAGACGAGAGAUAACUAUGUCGGGAUCAGACAGUGAGCAGCUUCCAGCCCUCCCUUCGGAUCUGACCUCCGAGUGGCUGGGUAGCAAGCUCGGGCACAAGAUCAAGAGGGCCGAGAACACACGAACCAUUUGGGGCACCGCUAGCAAGCUGUUCUUUGCCAUCACGUACGAGGACGCAAGUACCGACGAGCGGCCGACCCAUAUCUGUGUCAAGGGUGUCUUCGACCCUAGGAUGAUGCAGGCGCAACCGUGGACAGUCAGCCUAGCGCAGCGCGAAGCCGACUUCUACUCCAAACUGGCCCCUAACAUCAAGAACAUGAUCUUCCCGAAGGCCUGGUGGAGCGGUACAAGCGACAAGCAGGGUAUAGCAAUUAUGAACGAUCUUACUAAGGAGGGCUGCUCCUUUCCUGCAGAGGUUGCCUCGUACCCAGCUGAGCAGGUCAUGAAUGGCGUUGAGCAGCUGGCUGGCCUGCAUGCCCAGUACUGGGGUCAGAGUCAGGAAGACCAUCCCUGGAUCUGGAAUAACUACGACCCCGCUAUGAAAUUCAUGUGUGCAUCGUGGGACGAAGUGGUGCGGACUCCGGGCCGACCCCAGCUACCGGAGUACCUGAUGGAUGGCAAGCGAUGCAACGAGGCGCUGGACCGCUACUACGCCGAGCGCAACCCGCGAUUCCGCACGCUGCUGCACGGCGACACACACAUCGGCAACGUCUACUUCACGGCCGACGGCCGCAUUGGCUUCCUGGACUGGUCUGCGUUCCACUUCGGCUCGUGCUUCCACGACGUUGUGUACCACAUGACGGCUAUGCUGAGCGUCGAGGACCGCCGCGCGCACGAAAUGGAGAUCCUCGACCACUACCUCGAGACGCUGCACCGGCUCGGGGGUCCCAAGUUUGAUCGUCAUAACGACCCCGAAGUCAUGAUCGAGUACCGACGCUCCUUUAUGACCAACGUUAUCUGGCUCAUCUGCCCCGACGGUCUGCAGUCCAAGGAGCGUGUUGCUGUCUUGUGCGAGCGCACCGUUGCCGCUUACGACGAUCAUAAGGUCAUUGAUUGCAUUCUUGGCCAGCCAAAGCCGCACGCUUAAGACACGAGGACGAGGUGUAUCUGUUCAAUGUGGAUUCCUUGAACACAUGACAGGCUCGGAGGUAACGUCUUCCACACCCGUUUUGGUCAUCCUAGCAAUUUGGCCACCGGUCCGCCACAGGUCGCAAUGAGCUGUGAAACAGCCGAUAACGGACGGUUUCAGACCGGAGGCCAACUUGCUAGGGUUGACUAAAAUGAACAUGGGGAGACAUUAUGUUGCGCUAUAGGGCAGCGCUUACGCGGUAAAUUCAGGGUCAAUCUCAAGGUGUAUUUGGAAGGUUAACACUGUCGGAAAUAACUCCCACUGGCUCUAAGUUAAAUCAACCUGAUUGACUGCGCG